AUGAUGUUCGGUAUUCCUAAAUUCUUCGGCUGGAGAGGCAGGUCUCUCAACCUGGCUAUCAGUUCUCUUGGCAGUCUUGAUUUCUUACUUUUUGGAUAUGACCAAGGUGUAACGGGUGGUCUGCUAGACCUACCGUCAUUUAUCAAAUAUUUUCCCGAUAUAAACUCCGCAGAUCCGACCAUUGACGCAGCCACCAGAUCGCAGCGCAGUUUAAAUCAAGGUAUCUCAGUUUCAUCGUACAAUUUGGGCUGUUUCUUCGGCUCCAUCUUGACCAUCUUUAUCGGCAAUCCGCUUGGCAGACGGCGGACUAUCUUCUGCGGCUGCUUGACCAUGGCCACCGGGGCUCUAUUGCAAGCCACCGCAUUUAGUCUGCCACAUCUGAUUAUCGGCCGCAUCGUCACGGGGAUUGGAAAUGGAAUGAACACAAGUACCGUACCCACGUGGCAGUCGGAGUCAUCAAAGGCCCACGAUCGUGGAAAGAUGGUUAUGAUCGAGGGUAUGCUCAUUACGGCGGGCAUCACUCUUAGUUACUGGAUCAACUACGGGUUUUCAUUCAUCGAAGACCGAGAGGUGGCCUGGAGAUUCCCGCUAGCCAUUCAGAUUCUCUUUGCUGUGGUGAUCUUCAGCUCCAUUCUAAACCUGCCCGAGUCCCCUCGAUGGCUUGUGAUGCAAGGCCGGAACGAUGAGGCUCUGGAGAUUCUCGAAUGUCUUAAUGAGAAAUCUCGGGAUGACCCGUACAUCAUCAAUGAACUUAGCUCCAUCCAAGCAACUGUUAAGGAAAUGUCCAAGGGCUCCUACAAAAGUCUCUUCGACAUGAGUGAAUAUCGAGAAUUCCAUCGGGUGGCUCUUGCCUACAUUAAUCAGAUGUUCCAGCAGAUUUCUGGAAUCAAUCUAAUCACCUACUAUGCACCUGUACUCUAUAGUGAAAUUGGUCUGGGGAAAGGUAAUUACCCGAAGUUGUUGGCCGCUUGUAACGGCACAGAGUACCUAAUGGCUGCAUUCAUCCCUAUUUUCAUCAUUGAGAAAGUUGGACGUCGGCCGCUGAUGCUUUUCGGAGCCGCUGGCAUGUCGGUCUCUAUGGCUGUCCUUGCGGGUACUAACUAUCGUCUGACCGUACUGAACGAUAGCCAAGCCGGUAUCGGACAGGCGGUCUUCCUUUUCGUAUUCAACACAUUCUUCGCCAUCGGCUGGCUUGGAAUGACGUGGUUGUACCCGGCAGAAAUUGUCCCGCUGCGAAUCCGUGCACCGACUAAUGCACUGGCCACCAGCGCCAACUGGAUCUUCAACUUCAUGGUCGUGAUGAUUACCCCGGUUGCAUUCGACAGCAUCGGGUAUAAAACCUACAUCAUCUUUGCUGUUAUAAACGCAUUUAUCUUCCCCUUUGUCUACUUCUUCUUCCCCGAGACGCGCUACCGCUCCCUGGAAGAGAUGGAUACCAUCUUCAAGAAGUCUACAAAUGUGUUCAAUGUCGUGUCCAUCUCCGUCAAAGAGCCCUACCGCUACGAUAAGCACGGUCAGCUUAAACCAGAGUACCUCGAGGAGGCUAUCCGCCGUGAGAGCAUCCGUCAUGACAGCGUUGAUGUACACGUUGCGGGCGAGAAGUUCGACAGCGACGAGAGCGGUAAUGAGGUUAAAGCCUAA